AUGGCUCCCUCGUCGUGCUUCUACAUGUCCAUACACUUGCUUUUCUUGUACUCGUCGUCUCAGCUGAUUAGCGCGCACAACCUCUCCCCUUCUGCAAAAGCUCUGUGUCCCGAGGACGAAAUGUCUGCCCUGCUGCUAUUUAAAGACAGAUACGAAAUAGCCAAUGUUUCCAUUGGUCCCCUCGCUCAUCCCAAGACUCUAUCCUGGAAUAACAGUCGGGAUUGCUGCUCCUGGGAUGGAAUCGAGUGCGACGAGAAUACGGGCCAUGUCAUUGUUCUCGACCUGGGAAGUAGUUUUCUCUAUGGUCCUAUCGACAACAACAGUACCCUCUUCCAGCUUGCUCAUCUUGAAAAGCUCAAUCUCAGCAACAAUCACUUCAACUACUCUCAAAUACCAUCCCGAGUUGGAGAAUUGUCGAGGUUGACUCAUCUCGACCUCUCUGCUUCCGUUUAUUCCCGCCAGGUCCCGUCAGAAAUCUUCAAGCUAACAAGGUUGGUGUACCUCGACCUGUGUUGCAAUCUGCAUCCAAAUACUUCCACAAAUUUGUUGGAGAUGAAAGCACCAGGCUUGAGAAGCCUAGCUCAAAAUCUGACUAGCCUGGAAGAACUUCUCCUAGGUCACGUCAACAUGUCGUCCGAAGUGCCCAAUACUCUGGCAAAUCUGUCUUCCCUGAGAAGGCUGAACAUGGAUGCGUGCAAGCUGCACGGCGUAUUUCCGUCUGCCGUUUUCAAUUUACCGAAGCUACGACAUCUCGGGGUGGGUUCCAAUAAAGCUCUCACAGGACGAUUGCCUGACUUCAACUCGACUAGUCCUCUUGAAGAGCUGCGACUGCCAGUCACGAGCUUUUCUGGGGAGCUACCUGCUUCAAUCGGUAAUCUCCACUCCUUGCAGAUACUGAAUCUUAACUCAUGGUCGCUGCCCGCGAUGGUCGAAAUACUUCCUUUCUCAAGCUAUCUCUAUGUAAGUGGUUGCCAAUUCUCAGGGUCACUGCCCGCAUCAAUCGGAAACCUUCCUUCCUUGACUUAUCUCGACAUAGGUGGUUGCAAAUUCUCAGGAUCCAUCCCGGCUUCAUUUGCUAAUCUUAGCAACCUCGAAUACCUAGAUGUCAAUAUGAACCCAUUCACUGCCCAAUCCAUUUCCUCUUUGUCUUGGGUUUGGAAGAAUAAAAAGCUUACCACUUUGAUACUCGAGAAGAUCAAUUUAUAUGGCAAGAUCCCACCUUCAAUCGGAAACUUAUCUCAACUUGUGGAGUUAAGCUUUGUACACAACCAAUUAAGUGGUGCCAUCCCAUCUCAACUCAUGAACCUCACUCAACUGACUAGUUUGUACCUCCGAAUCAAUCAAUUAUCGGGUUCGAUACCGUCUUGGCUUAUGAACAUGACUGGACUUGCUGUGCUUGACCUUGCGGCCAAUAAAUUCCACGGCGAAAUACCUUCAUCAAUCUCUCAGCUCCAAAAUCUCCAGUUCCUAGUCGUUGUAGAAAACAACUUAAGCGGUACUGUUGAGCUAGACAACUUUCUCAAGCUCAAACAAUUGAAAGUGCUGAUACUAUCAUUUAAUAGGCUAUCAUGCCGCACGAGUAGUGGGAAUGUCAAUCUGCCUCAGCUUUUUGUCCUAGGACUGGCUGCAUGCAAUUUGAGCGAGUUUCCGGCAUUCUUACAAAACCAAGAGCGUAUGAAUUUUUUGGACCUGUCCGAUAACAACAUUAGGGGAGAAGUACCCUUUUGGGUGUCGAAUGGCAGCUUUAACUACCUGGAGUACCUGAAUCUCUCUCACAACUUCUUAACUGGCCUUCAUCAAUAUUACCCGAUCUUUCCUUUAAGUAUGCACAGGCUGGACCUCUCUCACAACAUGUUGAAAGGACCACCCCCUGAAGCACCGCCGUACGUAAUGUACUAUAUAGUAUCUAACAACAGCCUGACGGGAGCAUUGCCACCAUGGAUCUGCAAUUUGAGAACAGCAAUCACACUAGACUUGUCCUCUAACGAUUUGACUGGUGAGCUUCCGGUUUGUUUGGGCAAUAUCGGCAAAUCUCUCAUGAUAUUGAACCUAAAAGGCAACCAUUUCAACGGAAGCAUCCCUGAGCUAUUGGUGAGGGGAAUGCAACUGACGAUGCUUGAUUUGAGUGGCAACCAGUUGCAAGGCAAGUUACCGAGGUCCUUGGCCAAUUGCACAAUGCUCGAGUUCAUCAACUUUGCAAACAAUUUCAUCGUGGACACCUUCCCGUCAUGGUUGGGAUCUCUACCGGAGCUUCACGUCCUUAUUUUGCGAUCCAAUAAAUUCCACGGUGACAUAGAGAGAUCCCAAUCUAGUCCCAUGUUUCUUAAGUUGCGGAUACUUGACCUCUCUAUUAAUGCGUUUGUCGGUAAGUUGCCCGUGGAAUUUUUUCAGUCUUGGAAUGCCAGUAAAUCCGAGAUGGGAAACUUUACAUACAUGCAAAGAAACCUACGGCCGACAUCGUACCUUGUGUUCACCGACUAUGGUAGUUACGAUUUCUCCAUGACAGUGAUUUACAAAGGGCUUGAAUUGUAUUACCCAAAGAUAUCGGAAGUCUUCCAGGUCAUUGACCUCUCCAGCAAUUUUUUCGAAGGAGAGAUCCCGAGUGCCAUAGGUGAUCUCAAGGGAAUGCAGGGACUGAACCUUUCCAACAAUUUUCUCAGUGGUCACAUCCCAUCGUCAUUAGGGAAUCUCACAGCACUUGAGUCAUUGGACCUUUCUCGAAACAAACUCUCGGGACAAAUCCCCGAGAAGCUAACAGAGCUCGGAUUCCUUUCUUUCCUGAACGUGUCUUACAACAAUCUAACCGGGUCUGUGCCAAGAGGGAAACAGUUCGAUACAUUUUCGAACGAUUCUUUUGAAGGGAACUCGGGACUGUGUGGGGAAUUCAUAUACAGGAAAUGUCAAGAUUCAUGGGAUAAGUCAGGACAACCUUCAACACACCCAGAAGAAGACCGAGGAUCGCCAAUUGAACUCGAUUGGAAAAUUGUUUUUAUGGGGUAUGGGAGCGGCUUAGUGAUUGGAGUGGUCAUCGGAAAUGCAUUCAUCUCCUGGAAACAUGUUUGGUUUGAAGGAAAUGCAAGGAGAAGGCGACGGCCUAGUCAGAGGCAACAUAGGUUGGGUAGGAACUCCUGGUCAAGCAAGUUUUUCAAUCUCUGCAGAGAUUAG